AUGGUCCUACAGACCACUUCGCCGGCAUUCCUCGAAUUGGCAUCCUCGCCGUCUAAUCGUCCACACGAGCAGACAACACUGGCAGACGGAUACUCUGUGCAGACAUCAGUUGAGCCAUCGCGAGCGACCUCGCCCGCCGCUUCCAGCGUUGUAGCACUUGGAUCACCAAGCCAGCGCCGCCAGCCUGCAUCGCCGGAAUCCCUUCCGUCACUCCCUAAGUACCCUGGCGCGUGGGAUUCUCUGUCGUCGUCAUCCCCCGAGAAUCGAAAGGCAAAUAGCGCAUACUUUACUGCUGCGUGGGGAUCUCCAUAUGCAACACCCAGCCCGCGUCGGCUCUCGUGGACACUCAGUAAUCAGCCUAGCUUAAAUCUCCCGUCUCGCGAAAAUUCUCCUUCGAGAGGUCGUGGUUACACAUCCAUACGUGGUCCUGGAUCAUUCCGAACAACGUCAACGUCCAGUCAAGUACUCAGGCCAAUCGGCUCAAUAGGCCGAUCCUCCGCCCGAGAUUUUUCGGGCACACAAGGAGGUUCCUCAUUCCAACAAUUUACUGAGGACUGGAUCGACCGCUACCUAUCUGGCCAACCACGCACAGAGCGGACGAAUUGGUUGAGUGACGACGAAGGUAGCGAGGCACCAUCCUUUUUCACUGCCCGCAACAACUUCGGCGACGAUCCAACUGAAGGUUGGCUGGGACUAGACGAACCUAACGAGGAGGACCUCUUGAGAACGCCUACUGCAGUCAAUUCUCUAUCGGUAAGAUCAAGAAAGGGACUUGGUAAACAGCUCAGCCGGUCUCGUCAGAAACAUCUUUCCACUUUCAGCACCGCUACUCUACGGCAAGAAGACGUUUGGGGAUUCGCAUUCGGGGACGAGCAUCCGUCGACCGCAAUGUCUGAUAUAGCAGAUACACCCCUGCCCUCAACGGAGCACGACUCCACCACCGAGUCUUCGACGGAGAAGCCUCUUCCAUUACCGCCUUCAGAGAAUGCCACACCUAUUGAGAAUACUGAGAGCAUAAAGGCUGAAGCUACCCCUAGACCCCAAUUGGCCAGUCAAGGCUCGUCUCAACGCGGAAGAAAAAAGGUAGCAUGGCGCGGUAAGACCUGCUUGAUUGCAGUGCCUACUGAUGAUAAGAGAGGAUCUGAGGAGUCCGGCUAUCAGUUACUGACGAAGGUGGAUGUCGAAAAGCGUCUGCAAAGAUGGCUGGAUGAAGGAUACCAUGUGGAUGGAUUCGACGUUUUUGCGCCCGAGCAGGACUCAUUUUCGAGCCAAACUGGUGGCUUCAGUCGCCUGCCUUAUCCCGAUGAAAGUGAAUCUUUACAAGACAAAGUAUCCGGGAAUUUUGGGGUGAGAUUUCCAAACCUGGGCGAAUGGGAUGCAUACGUCCAACACUUGCAAGAAGAGAAACUCCGUGCACUUGGAGUCUUCCUCGACGAUGACCCCCCAGCUUUGGAGUCCCCUGCAGCAUCCUUGGGGGCAAUGACUCAAAUGGGAAUCUUCCCUGGCCAUAUCACAUCCCCACCAAUUCCUACUUCGUCUGCAGCCAGUAAUCCUAUGUUUGGUUCCCAUACUUUCUCUCCUCAUUUCAACCAGUCUACCAACCCGAGCACGCAUGCUGAAUCCUUGGCAUCGCCGCCACCUCAGUUUGGAGGACAGCAUUCAUUUUAUGGCAUGGAUGCAAAUUUCGUACCAGGGUUGCCUUAUCCUUACCAACCAACGCCUCCAGUUGCAGGAACCUUGACUCCGCAGAGUCUAUUCAACGCACGUCAAGCCAGCUUUGCAGGAACCGGCCCUGGCGGCAUGCCAAAUCUGAACUCGAUCUUUUCACCUGUAUCUCCCCUCAAUGCCGACGAGAUGUUUAACCAAAGUUCGAAUGGACAUCGUGAUCGUACAGACUCAAUUCGGGAUUCAUCAUAUCAAGACCCGUCAAGCAACAAACGACAAGUUCGUGAGUCGCGGGCAGCUACACUCAUCCUUGAUGAGUCCCAGCUCGAGACAGAACAUUUUCAAGCGUCAAAUGUUGAAAUCGCCCAUCCUACGCCUCGAGGACAUAGUCAUAACCUCAGUGAAACGUUACAGAAAGGUCUGGAUCGGUAUUCGCAGGCGGAUUAUCAUCUAGAACACUCAAUUCAGCGACAGUUGGAGGAAAAUGAGGGCGACUUGCAAAAUUCUCGCUGGGCUAUUGGCGAAGAUGAUGUGCAGCCGUCCCCUGCCCAUGCACAGUUCUCGGUUCCAGACUCGUUCUCUACCGGCCACCAUCGCCUCUUCGGAGAGCAACAGCAGCAGCCUAUGGAUAUGAUUCAAGAUGCUGAUGAGAUUGAUACUAAUCCAAGUCUUACCGCAAGUCCCCGCGAACCAAAACUUGACAUGAGCCAUCACCCAUGGCAUAGUGCUAAGCCAAGUUCCGGUUCCUUUGCCGCAAGGCACAAGUCCAAGGCAUCUCUGUCAGGCCUCAAUGUGGAAGCCCAGGAGUUCAACCCUACAGGUUCAUUCUCGACUAAUGUAUUCGCUUCCCAAGGAGGAGCCUCUUUUCAAUCGAAUGGGUACGGAAGUGGUUCAAUCUUUUCCCCCACCUCAUCCGUGUUCCAACCUGGCAGUUCGAUUGGCGGCUUUAAUGUGGGAGCUCCUUCAUUUACACCUUCAAGUAACGACUUCAACGCUAGUAGUAAUUCGUUCGUACCCAGCGCGUCGAAGGGAUUCACAUUCUCUACCGCAUCCUUCAACGCUGAUGCACCUACUUUCAAUCCAGGUGCAAGCGUCACGUCUAAUGCUUCGGACGCACCCAGUCAUCUCAAAGGCAGUAUCUUCGGAGAUAUCGACUUCAACCAGAUGAAUAAGCCAAACAAAUCAUCUAAAGCUAUUCCUAUUGUUCGCCCCGAUGAUGAUCAUGAAGAAGUGGUCAUGGAACGUGGGGCACCAGGAACUCCGCCACGACAAAAGCGUGCUCGCCGCGGGGCUGAUGAGGAAGACGAGGAUGUCGAUUUCGCCGGGCUCAUGCCAUUGGCAGAGGCCACUCAAACUCAAGCUACAGCUGUAGCAAAUCAAACCUACAAGUCUGCAGAAGGAAAAGAGAAUGAAGUUCCCGAGCAGGAUGUCCUAGAGGUUCCUGUGAAACCAGAAAGCCCUGAUACGAAACGCCGCUUUGUGGAAGAUGACGCUGUCGCCGUGGAAUAUACCGUUGAGACGGUUAAAGAUAUUCAGGAGGAGAAAGUCAUUCCCCCAGUUGACACCGAGCCAUUCCCCGCCGUAUCCGAUUUCAACGAGGUUCCCGACCCUGCCGAUUCAGUCAUUGACAAGAGCACACCAACGGAGUCGAAAGAGGAAGAGAUCGCAACCCCGGUAUCCGAAGCUGCUCCUGACCCUAUUGCUGAGCAACCAAAUGCAGAAAUAUCGAAACGAGAGCCAAGGAAGUCAAUCUUCUCGGCAUUUGCAAGAUCAUUCGCAUUCCGCCCUUCGAUCUCAGAAUAUGUUCCGAUAAAGUCGCCUAGUAAUGAGGCCAAGUCGCCUAGUAGUGAAGCUACCCCCAUUCCAGAGCCAGUCAAGGCCCAACCAGAGAAGCCCAAGACGGGCCUAUUUGCUUCUCGUUAUGCUGUUGAGGAAGAAGAGUUGAACGUCACCGAGUUGGCACCAAUCAACAGCCAGCCUGAGAUUGCCAAUGAAAAUGACGAAGUCGCCGUCAAUGGUCAUGACUCGCCCGAUGAGGAUGAACUCAACGCCGUAAUGGAUCAGCUCAAUGGCGAUGACUCUGAUGUAGGUGUAGAAAGACUCAGCACACCCUUGCCACCUCAAAUGACCAUUGAAACACCCGUGUUACGCUCAACGGAACAAACACAGCUACCUCACAUCAUUCGCAGUGAUGCUCCAAGCCCAAGUCCUGCCAGAAACUUCAAUCAACUGUUGCGAGGUACUUCAAAGAUUGGGUCUGAUUUGGAUGUUACUCAAUCUCAUCACUCUUUCCCACAACGAGGCUUUGCUUCAGGUGCUCAGUCACCAGUUCGCCAAUUGCUCAGUACGAAUGAGCAUAUCAGUGACUGGGACGAUGUUAUCUCCUCAGGUGAAGAUGAAAAGCUGGUGCAACGAAGCAAGUUCUUUGAUCGUCAUGUCAAUGCUCUUGUCAGUGAGGUUUUGGCGGAGCGAUUAGGCCCUCUUGAGCAAGCACUAAGCAUUAUACAAAACUCUGUGGUAUCCUUGCACUCACAAUCGGCUGGUCGUCAACUACUCAACGGCAGACAAGCAGAUGUGGAACAUAGCGAUGCCGAUGAUGAGGACGACGAGGUUAAUAUUCCUCGUUCGAUCUCGCCAUUGAGCAAACGAGAUAGGAAGUUGGAGAAAAUGAAGGGCGCAGUACUUGAAGCUCUAACAGCUCAUGGCUUAGGCCGGCAAGAAGUUCCUCCAGCUUCGGCGAACUUCAAUAUCAUUCAAGAAACACUGGCUGAGCUCAAAGCAUUAACGCAACAACGUCAGCAGCCAGACAUCAAGACUUUGGUUCAAGAGGCUCUAGCAGUCCAUGCCCAAGCCAACGCCAGAAAGACACCUCUUUCGGAGGCUGAAGAAAUUGGCGCGGAGAGUUUGAAACUGCAAUUAGAUGGUGUUAAGAGCAUGCUUCGAACGGCCGAUGAACGUACCGAACAAGAAAUCAAGGCUCGUCGUGACGUUCAAGAAGCUUUGACAGAAGUCCAGAAGAUGCUUGGUCAUGCUGAAGGUGAAGUUGCUCGCUAUCGCCAAGCCGCUGAGCAAGCAGAAGCAGCUGUUCGUGAACUCAAGGAAGACAGAAUUCCUCAGUUGGAGAAGGCCCAGACGCGAUGCGACGCACUUGAAAAACAACAAGAAUCAUGGGAGAUGACCCUUGCAGAGCUUUCCGCCAAGAAUAUUGCUUUGGAAGGUACACUUGACGAGUACCGUGUUUCGCAUGAUUUCUGGAAGAAGAAGGUUGCCACGACGGAAGAUGAGAACAAAGAUUUGCGGUCCAAUAUUGGACACCUUACUGUUCGUAUCGAAGAUAGUAUGCGUGCCAGACAGAGUCUCCGUGGCAAAUUUGAUAAAUUGCAGGAUGAUAUGGCGAACGUGACCAAGGAUGUGACCCGCGAUCAGGCCAAUGCUCGGAGAAAGGAAGAGGAACUGACAGCCAAAUAUGAAAGUCUCCGUGCUGCAUAUGAUAGGGAAGUGAAGUUGCGCGAAAAGCUCGAAAUUGACAUUGGCGAGCUAGAGAAGUCCGAGCGAGAAACUGCCAAACUGAAGUUUAUCUUUGCUCAAUCUCAGCAAGAAAAUCACAGAUUGGAGGAGCUUGUUGCAUCUCUACGCCAGGAAAGCCAAGAACAUGAGAACGCAGCCUCUCGCUUUGAACGUGAAUUCAACGAAGCCCGUGAGAGCAGUCGUAUGGAAAUCCAGCGCGCCAGAACUUCAAUGGAGGCCGACCUUGAAGCAGCAAACAAUCAAGUCAAUUAUAUUCGUGCAGGACUCGAAGCUGAGAUCAACCGCUUGGAAAGCCAAGUUGAGAAUGUCCGCAUGGAUGCCGAUACUAUGAAAGAGCGAUAUGAGCUUCUCUUGGAAGAAGCUCGUGAGAACAAAGACUCAACCAUAGCGGAGUUGACGGCAGGAAAGGACAUGGCAAUGGAAGAACAACGCAAAACACAUGACCGUGUCCUGAACGAUCUCCGCGAACGCCACGCUCGUGCACUGCACAAUGCUUCUGAAGACCGACAGCGGAUUGAAUCCUACAUGAAGGAGAAGCUAGACCUUAGCAAUGAGAAAGUGGCACACCUGCAAGACCGCGUCGCUCAUCUGGAAGAGAAGCUUGAAAUUGCCAAGUCUGCAGCUCGUGCAGCCGCUCAAGCGGCUCAAGCCAAGGGUGUCGUUGUUUCUCCUCCGGUGCAGCAUCAUAGUUCACCAUCGUUGUCUUACAGCAAGGACUCGUCAGCCCCUGAAAAGAUUUCUCCUCAAGCUCUCCGCGAAUCAAUUCUUGUGCUCCAGGAUCAAUUACAACAACGCGAAAGCCGUAUCGAGGAGCUAGAAGAGGAGCUCAGUGAAGUGGACAAGGAGGCGCCCAACAAAAUCAAAGAGAGGGACACUGAAAUCAGCUGGCUUAGAGAGCUACUUGGAGUUCGUGUUGAUGAUCUCCAGGAUAUUAUUAACAACCUUUCGCAGCCUUCCUUCGAUCAGAAUACCGUCCGGGACGCUGCCAUCCGACUUCGGGCCAAUCUUCAAAUGCAGCAGCAGGAGAAAGAGAGGGCAAUGUCAGGACAAGCAUUCCCUUCAUUGGCUGAUAUUGCUGCGUCACCACGUUCUCUACCGCUCGCAGCAGCCGCAGCUUGGGGAAACUGGCGCAAGGGCCGCGAGUCUUUUACAUCGGAAAGCGGAGCUACUCAGACACCUUCAAAGUCAACGAACGCUGGCGGGUUCCUAUCCGGCCUUCUUACACCCCCUAGCUCAAAUGUAAGAUAUACACCCAAAAAUAUGAGCGCCCCGCCAGGCCCAGCGCGUCUAGCAGGUCGUCGAACAGCAUCAGAGAGCCGCCCGCUACGAGGAUACAAUCAAUCGCGUUCUCUAUCUGCGCGACAAAUGGAUAAGCUCCCGGUUGUCCAUCAGGAGCAGAUCGAACCACCAACAACACCACCACUCCUGCGAAGGUCCAGCUAUGAUCAUGAUGCGGAGCAAAACAGCUAUGACGGCAGCUCCUUGAUGGACGACGUUGACAGCAUGAUAGCUGCAGACUCCCCAGAAGGAAUCAGAGACGAUCACCUCUUUGCCCAUGACGAGUAA